AUGAAUCUCAACGAUUUGCCCACCAGUUUGCUACACGAGGUGCUAUCAUUUUUACCACAGCAGGAUCGUCUCAAUGCCUGCUUGGUAAGCCGCAAGUUCAACAGAAUUGCAAUCAAGCUGUUGUAUCGUAGGAUAUACCUUAACGAUUCAAAUGUGGUGAAAAGUGAUAUCAUGAACUUGGCGAUCAACUGGACCAUCCUGUAUGUGCCUAAUCGGCUUCCUGAACAAGCAACUCGCCGUUUAGCGAACCGUAAACUCCAAAGUCUCAUACGGACAUUAAAGUCAAAUGAGGCUGCCGUACAAGCAGUGGAGUGGGUUCGCAUCAAUUGGGAUCUUGAUCCUCAGGCGCAAAAGCUGUUGCUAUCGGUAGUAUGCAAUGAAAGCAGAUCGCUGCGUAGGUUGGAAAAUGUAACAGACCCAAACUGUAACGACAUCAUCGCGCGUGGUCUCAUUUCUAGCCAGAAGCUCACGAGCUUUGACAUGGCUCCUCCAAAUCCAGAUGCGGGCUCUGAGGUUGACCCAUCCUAUAUUCCAAAUUUGAAGAAGUACCUGCAGCAACGAAUCUCAUCCAGAAUUACAUUUAUGAACCUGUUCAUCGACCCCCUUUUACUCUUCAAAUAUUUAUAUCCUUUAAGAGAUAAGCUACAGGUGGUGGAUCUUAAAUUGCACUGGAGAGUUGAGUUUUAUCCAGCUCACCAUUUCCAGCAUGAAAUAUCCAGGCGACCGAUAAGCGUGCUUUCCGAUGUUUUUGACACUAGAAGUCUAAAAGUUCUCACCAUUGUUUCUUGGCACGAGUGCCUUUUAUCAAGUGAGCGCAAGAUGUUACACCAGUUCCAAGAGUUUACAAACGUCGAAGACCUAUCCCUGAUAUCCAUUGAACAAGAGACAUCGCCGUUAGUUGGGCUUUUUGCCAAAUUUAAGAGACUGAGACGGCUCAAACUUGAUUUCAUCGAACAACAGUCUUCGCAAUCAACUAAAGCCGAGAUCUUCCUUGCCAUAUUACAGUGUUGUCGCGAGCUGGAAUUUUUAGAUUUGCGCUUCGAGGGCCUGGAUGCUCCUAUAGUCGACGUGGAAAAUGGGGAAUUUAGAUUGACGCAAAAAUGCCACUGUAGCAAUUGCAUGAAUGUUUUUGACUCGAUUUUGCGCCAGAAGUUAUUUUUAUUUCCAGAGGAUUAUAUUUUGACUGAUUUUCGUGACAUUUUAACCAAAGACAUAUUCCGAAUGAUUAGAUUCCACUGCCUGCUGCCUUAUUCCAAGGCCUGUGAUCACUAUCCAAGUGUUAGGACGUGCGCCAUGGACAUGAACAAAUUUGUUUCGCUAAUGAAUAACGAUCUUCGACUGUACAGAGCCAGCCGUUGCCAGCUGCUAAGAAAUCCGAUAGGGUCGCAGGGAGGUGGUGAGCACCAAAGAGACAAUUUAAGGAGGCCAGCGAGUCCCACUAGUCCUGGCGAACUGGCAAAUAGCGAUGACGAGGGUGACUUUGUCGAACUGGUGUUACCUCAUACGCUGCUGACUCGUCAAGACAUAGUAGAUUGUUAUCAUGCCCUCAUUCAUCACCACAGAAGAACGUACGUUGCACUGCUGACCCAAUUUCCAAAACUGCAAUUUCUGGUGUUGAAUGACAUCGCCACGGUAGUGACGAAUGAAAUGGGUGAGCGAAUCUUGCAGCCGGUAUUCUAUAAUGAAAGGUUCAUAUCAAAUUUGCAUGGUUGGACGCAAAAGUGGAACGGCCGCCGGAGGUCCAAACCUUUUGUGGAAAAGGGUAUUCAGGGAGAUGGAAUCGGCAUCAAGACUAAUUGA